AAAGGUUAUGGAGUUAUCCACGCAAGUUGCGCAGCUGACGCGCGAACGCGAGUCGCUGGUGACUACGGCAAUGUCGCGCGCGCUGAUGCUGGAGCGACACGAGCGCUGCGCGGAACUGUUCGCAUGCGUCACGCGCGCGCGCCGCGACAUGGUCUCGCAGCUCGAGGGCCAACGGGAACGGCCGCACAGUGAAACCGAUGCUAAACUGUCGAGCUCGCUGUCGCCGGUGUGCCUGAAGGCCGCAGAGACGUGGACGGAGCUCCGGUCGGACCGCGAGCGCCUGUUGCAGCUGCAGGACAUGGUGGUCUCGCAGGACCAGCAGCUGAAGCGCGAGCGCCGCGUGCGCAACCAUCUCGAGCAGCGCCGCGCCAUCCUCGAGCGGCUUUUCCUCAACCGCUCCAAUUCCAACCAGUAUAUCGCGGCGGAGAACGUGGCUUCGUAUCUCGGAACUUCUUCUUAUUUUGCAAAAGAUGCUUUUAUUGGUAAAUAGAAAUGUAAC